AUGCCCCAAGCUCCACAUGCCCCCACCGCAGCCCCACAUGCCCCAAGCUCCACAUGCCCCCACCGCAGCCCCACAUGCCCCAAGCUCCACAUGCCCCCACCGCAGCCCCACAUGCCCCAAGCUCCACAUGCCCCCACCGCAGCCCCACAUGCCCCAAGCCCCACAUGCCCCAAGCCCCACAUGCCCCAAGCCCCACAUGCCCCCAGCCCCAUCCCAUGUUCCUUCCCAAAACACCAACCAGCAGCAGGCCCAACAAGAGGUCGGGGGCAGGGAGGAGCAGCGAAGGCUGAAGAUGGGGGGGAUGGUGAUCAUGGUGGGGAUGGGGAUGGGGAGGAGGAUGACAAUGAAGGAGCAGAAGAGGAGGCAGAAGCGGUUCAAGAUGCGGACUACGAUUCUGAUGUGAGUUUCCUGCCUGGUGCAGUAACGGCUGAUGAUGGGGAUGAUAUUGAAUGGGGGAAUGGGGAGGUGGAAGCGGCACAAGAUGCUGACAACGAUUCUGACGAUCAAGAGCAAGAGGAAGAAGAGGAGCAGGAGAAAGAGGAGGAGGAAGAAGAAGAGCAAAAAAAGGAACAGGAAAAGCCUCGAGUGCUGGUUAGAAGAGCUCGUUCCACUGCUGCAGCACUGGGGGCAGUGGGUUCGAAUGGACGCACGAGAACGCCUGUGGGAGCAGCAGUUUCAAAUGGACGCACAAGAACGCCUGUGGGAGCACCAGCUCUAAAAGAAAGUACGAGAAAGACUCUGAGCAAGAAGGGGGCGCCGGUUGUUGCUGCAUCUGGCGCCCUGAAACGCAAGUCUAGACUCAAGCAACUGGAGGAGGAGGACGAGGAUGAAGGGGAGGAGGAAGAGGAGGUGGGGCAGGAGGAGGAAACAGGCCAGGAAGGAGAGGUGCAAGAAGAUGGCGAGGGGGGAGAAGAGGAGGAGGAGGAAGAGGAAGAGGAAGAGGAAGAGGAGGAGGAUUUGUUGGGGAUAGUGCAGCCACCAUCCCGACAACCGUUUCCCAAGGCCUGCUCGCAUCCUGUUUCCACGCCCUUCCGCUCCCAUUCCCUCUCCAAGCCCCUCACAUCUCUCUCUCCUUCCCAUCUACCCCCAACUUGCCUUUUCCCUCUCAUUGCAGCCACCACCCCGGCAACCUUCAUGCCCAAGGCCAUGCAGCAACCUGCGCCCUCUCCCCGGCAAACAGCAGCAGCAGCAGCAGCAGCAGCCGCAGCAGUAGCAGCAGCAGCAGUAGCAGCAGCAGCAGGAGGAGGAGGAGGAGGAGGAACAGGAGGAGCAAGUGGGGCAGGAGCAGCAGCGGCAGGAGUAGUGGAAGGAGGAGCAGGAGCAGCAGUUGGGGCAGCAGCAGGGCUGGUACUGGGAGCAACAGGGACAGGCCCAGCUGCUGCGAUUGCUGCUGCUGCUGCUGCUGGUGCUGGUGGUGCUGCUGGUAGUCCUGGAGGAGGAAUGAGUGAGGGAGGACCCGGAAGGAGUGAGGGAGGAGGGGGGGACAGUGAGAGAGAGGAUGGGGAGUUUGAGGAAGAGAAAGGGAAUGAGGGGGGGGGAGGAGGAGGGGGAGGAGGAGGAGGAGGAGGAGGAGGAGGAGGAGGAGGAGGAGGAGGAGGAGGAGGAGGAGGAGGAGGAGGGAGUGGGCUAGAGGGAGUGAGUGUGGAAGAUAGAGGAGAGAGAGGACAAGAAGGAGUAAAUGGAGAAUCAAGGGAAGGUGGAGGAGGGAGGGUAGCUGACGAAUUGGUUCGUGGCAGUGGGAGGGUGAUGAGGGAAGGGGUUGAGGGGGGUGCAGAUGGGUGUGGUGAGGCGGAAGGAAAGGCAGGGGCAAUAGAAAGUGCAGAGGGAGCAGCAGAGAGUAUUGCAAGAGCAGGGGGGAAUUCAAGACAGGUGGGUGAAGGAGAGAGUAUUGCUAGAGACGUGGCUAUGAGUAGAGGGCUCGACUCAGAAAACCGCACCAGUCGUGACUCAGAGAAGCACACGAGUCUUGACGUGACUCAUGUGCCGUGGGGAGCCAAUAGCAGCGAUCUUGAGUCAGAGAAGCAGCGGGAAGGUAACAGAGGGCUCGACGACGCUGAGAAGCACAAUGGUCGUGGUUCAGAGAAGGACACGAGCCUUGAUGUGACUCACGUGCCAUGGGGAGCCAAUAGCAGCGAUCUCGUUGCCGAAGCUCUGAAACGAGCUGCCGAAGCUGGAGUGCGGCUGGCAGCCCGAACCAGCCAAGCAGGUCAGGAGAGCAUCGGACCUACUGGCAUGAGAACACAGGCUUCUUCAGCUGAAGGGGAAAAUCCUGUGGUGGGGAAAGGAACACACGACAAUCCAUAG